GCGCAUCUGGCAUUGUGUCAGAUAGCGGGGUCCCGAGAGGCGUUCCGGCACCAGUAACGAAACGGUCGACGUCGUUGAACGACGUGUUCACACAGCCCCAGUAAAUUCGCGAAACAGCAGAAGAGCCGGCACCGCGAUGCUUCGAUCGUUGAGUAAGCUCCGUUUGCCGCGGUAUUUUUCCACGGCGAGCAUGCCGGCGCCCGAGAAGAAUCCAUCCAUCAUGUACACCGGCAUCUUCAUCGACAACGAAUGGCACCGUUCGAAGAGCGGGAAUACGUUCCCAACGGUGAACCCCGCGACAGAGGAAGUGAUCGCGGAUGUCCAGGAGGGCGGCGCUGCCGACAUCGACGUGGCCGUGAACGCUGCGAACAAGGCCUUCAAGCUGGGUUCACCGUGGAGAACGAUGGACGCCUCCCAGCGAGGCGUGCUGCUGCACAGGCUCGCCGAUUUGAUGGAACGCGACCGUACCUACCUCGCGUCGCUGGAGACGCUGGACAACGGCAAGCCUUAUGCGACCGCUUACGGGUUCGACGUCCCGGCUAGCAUAUCCGCUCUCCGAUAUUAUGCGGGCUGGGCCGACAAGAAUCAUGGCAAAGUGAUACCGAUGGACGGGCAAUACUUCGCUUACACUCGUCACGAGCCGGUCGGCGUCUGCGGCCAGAUCAUACCGUGGAACUUCCCGCUUCUGAUGAUGUCUUGGAAGGUGGGACCGGCUCUAGCUACAGGGAACGUCAUCGUUCUGAAACCGGCCGAACAGACGCCCUUGACGGCUCUGUACAUGGCCCAGCUGACCAAGGAAGCCGGUUUCCCGAACGGAGUGGUGAACGUGGUUCCUGGUUUCGGUAAAGCGGGAGCCGCGUUGGUCGAUCACGACUUGGUGGACAAGAUCGCGUUCACGGGAUCCACGGAGGUCGGACAGCUGAUCAAGAAGGGCGCCGCGAUGAACAAGUUGAAGAGGACCACAUUGGAACUCGGCGGAAAGUCGCCGAACAUAAUCCUGAAGGACUCCGAUCUCGACCAGGCGGUCGAGACCGCUCAUUUCGGCCUGUUCUUCAACAUGGGCCAAUGCUGUUGCGCUGGCUCCAGGACCUUCGUCGAAGACACCAUUUACGACGAGUUCGUGGAGAAGAGCGCGGCUAGGGCGAAGUCCAGGGUAGUCGGCAAUCCGUUCGACAUGAACGUGGAGCAAGGACCACAGAUCGACCAGGAACAAGCGGACAAGAUCAUGUCAAUGAUCGAGUCGGGCAAGAAGGAAGGAGCGAAUUUGGUAUCGGGCGGAAUUCGCGUCGGCGAGAAAGGAUACUACGUCGCGCCGACGGUGUUCGCCAACGUUACGGAUCACAUGACGAUUGCUAAGGAAGAGAUCUUUGGGCCGGUUCAACAAAUCCUGAAGUUCAGCAGCUUGAACGAAGUGGUCAACAGGGCCAACAACACGGACUACGGGCUGGCGGCUGCGGUGUUCACGAAGGACAUCGACAAGGCGAAUUACAUCGUCCAAGGUCUGCGAGCCGGCACAGUUUGGGUGAACACGUACAACGCGUUGUCAGCUCAAGUGCCGUUCGGUGGUUACAAGAUGUCGGGCCACGGAAGGGAAAUGGGAUCCUACGGUCUCGAAGGGUACACCGAGGUGAAGAGUGUCAUAGUGAAAGUGACGCAAAAGAACAGUUAAGGUAGCCUAAGAACGACGAUCGUACAAAUACCGCUGGCGCGACUCAAGCCGCGUUCGACAGCCUUGUAAAUACAGGUGCUAGGCCGCGAUGCGGUCAUUGUUUUUCUUUCUUUUUCUACGUCAAUAGGUUUAUGUUAGUAUCCCAAGAAACUGCUCACGUAGGGAACAGCAGUGUAUUUUUGUACGUUGUUUUUAUACACGCCGUCGACGCGAGAAGCGUCGAACGAUUCAUCGGUGCCGUGCGCACUGCCCACACGGUAACAGAGAACUAGGAAGAGCGGAAGAGUUUUGUUCGUUGUACAAUUUACAAAAGCAGAAUCAAUAAAUAAUUUAAUUUCUCUAAA